GACAGAGCAUAGAAGCUUGCAAGAGGAGGGAAGGAAAGGGGGAGAGAAAGCGGAGCAUCGGAUGCCGUUCAGUUCAAAAGCUGGGAUGCCUCUACUCCAAUAAUGGCGACGGCUCCAGCGUCCCUACGGGCUCCUCGUCCUCCUCGCCUGUAGCCCUAACCGUAGCCCCACAAAUCUCCCUCCCAUCUCCUCGCCGCCGGGCCCUCCCUCCUUCUCUCGCUCCUCUUCUUCAUCCUCCACCGCGAUGCCGCGAGAGGCCCCGCCGCCGCCGCCAGUGAUCGGUAAGGCCGGGAGGUACACCGUGUUCAUCACCCCGCCGCGCGCCCCCAAACCCUCCGAUGCUCCGAGCGUGAAUCCGCAGGCCGCCAGCCCUGUAAAGGUGGCUCCUUUGCCGCGGAAGGCUACCCCUUCGCCACCACCUCCGCCUCCGGUGCAGGUUCCACCCAUGCAGUUCGAGAAGCCGUCGACCAAGUCAUCGGGAUCCGUGUUCGGGUUCCUCUGGGACGCCAUCGCCAAAGUCCAAGAUGCGCAUUCCAGCCUCGAUGAGUACUUGGCGGACUGGUUCGGGUUGAACCAGUCCAAGUAUCAGUGGGCGUUGAACGAUUACUACGAGAACAACGGAAAGGAGAAGGAAAGUGGUAAAGGUGGUAAACCAAAGGAUCUUGUUAGCAAAGAGCAAGCUCUCUGAUAGGUUAAUAAAUAGCAGCUACAUUGGUGAUUAAUAAAAUCAAUGAAAUCAGAAGGCAGUUCUUUCGGCAUGAGUUUGACAAAGAAAGAGGUGGCCAGUUUCUUGCCAAUUGAAGAGCUUGGUAGUCAGUUUCUAUUAGUAUCUUGAGACCAAAAGUUUAUGUUCAAUUGUCACAGAUGAUAUGUUCCUUAGAGAAUUCACUCACAAUAACAUGAAAUAGAAAUAAAUCCUGCAUCUUCAAUGUAAAAAGAAGAAAAUGUAGACAACAUUCAAUGUGUAAGGGAAUUUGUGUGAUGAACACUCAUGAUGUUGCUGGUGCUACUUGUAUUGUGCAUGACUUUUGCUUUCAAAAUGUUCUAUAUAAAAGUGGAGUGGACAAUCUUUUAGUUGAA